AUGAGGCUAGAAAAGAAUUCGAUCAGAGUGUGGUCAUAUGUGGUCAUCAUCUGGUUGCUCUGUCAUUCAGAUGCUUUAUUUAAAUUUACCAACAUCAAGUGUACAUGCUAUGAAAAGUCUUUUUGUGAGCUAAGGCGUUGUGAAUUAAAGGUGUUGGGCCGCGGCAUUGUGGGUCUUUAUUUACAUGCCCAGGCCAAUCAGCUGCCUAUAAACACUUCAACGUGCGUUCUUACGCUGUUCCGAAGAUUUAAUGGCUACAGGCCUUUCCUGUACAAUGUCACAGUUGAUGUUUGCAGCUUCCUGAAAAACCGAAAGCGCUAUCCAUUUUUCAACUUGGUAUAUGAUGGUAUACGAAACUUCAGCAAUAUAAAUCACUCCUGCCCCUACAAUCAUGAUAUAAUCGUUAACCGAAUGGUACUGAAUGAUAAUAUGAUUGUUAAGGUUCCCGUUCCGAGUGGAUUCUACAAACUCAAGUUUAACUUGAAAACUGAUGGCGUUUGGAGGGGCGAAGUUGAAGUCCACGUAGAGGUUAAUUUGGGAUUUGAACGCUGA